AUGUAUCAUCUUCCACCCGAGACUCUACAAAAUAUUUUUGACAAGCUCGUAUCGGAAUGUUGCUCCACAUUAUUCCGAUGCCUCUUGGUUAAUAGAUAUUGGUGUGCAAACGCCGUCUUGAUUAUUUGGAAGGAACCUUUUAGAUAUGAAUACUCGAGUAAUAAAUUUUUAAAGUUUUGCGUGCGCCUUUUACCGUUUAAUGUAAGGGAACGCUUGGUUAAUUCCAAUGUGUUACCGCCUUUAUGUUUAAAAGCUGUGACGGAAGAAUCAGAUCCGGAAAAUUUUUCGUUACUGAUAUCAACCAUUGUAGCGUAUGGUCCUAAAUUAAAGGAUCUUGAAAUUAUUUUUAACGAGAAUUCAGCGUCAAAGAUACUUUCAUUGUUGUGUUCAUGUGAUAUGUUGAAGAAUUUAUAUUUGAAAAACACCAAAGAUUUGAAUAUUGACAUGUGGAUGCAAAAUCUUGGGCAAGUUAUUCCAAAAACCUUAAAAACGUUAAAUCUACAAAAUUCUUUCACGUUCACGUUAGAAUCUCUGGAAAAUUUUUUAUUUGAAUGUGAAAGAAAUUCGAUAAAUGGUUUACGAUUUAAUAUUCAGGAUGGAGGUUAUUGGCUUGAAAAAGAAUAUAUCAAGAUUUUAAAUGAUUCGGUUGAGAAGGGAAUUCAUGGAGCAGGUGCUGCUCGCUUUGGAAGAGUAAGUGCUUGA